AUGAACCCUUUUCCCCACAUAAUCUAUCAGCCAAACGGUUCCCCAAAUGGCCCGGUGUCCCCAGUACAUUCUCCCGCACAUACGCCGUCACCGCCUGCAACGUCUCCAGGUCAAACUUCACCGUCUCUCGGUUACCUUGCUCCUCAUGGUGUACCAGCAAUUUAUGGUGGUAGCAUGCACCUGUUUUCAUAUCAAUCGAAAUUACCGUCUAUGGGACACGCAUUUGGUCCACAUUCGCUCCUUAACCAAACCACUGGAUCUCCCGGACAAGCUUUAAUGUCUCCGCCGUCAUUUGCUUCUACUCAACCACAGUUGUUAUCUCCAGGUGUAACCAACAUUUUAACGACAAACAACUUAGGUGCUGUCAAUACGACACAUUGGCAACAACAACUAAAUUAUGCUCAGUUAUCUCGUCAGUCGGCUACACCUCACCACCAUGCACGACAAGCUGCUGCUGCCGCUCGUAACAGUAGCCUUGGUAGCUCAGCAAUCGCAAUAACCGAUCCAAAUAAUCCGAAUAAACCACCAGUGAAUGGCGUGCUUUCAAAAAAAGAGACCAAUGGAGAUAAGCACGAUCCACCUUUUCAACAAUGGAUGACUAUUGAUCUGGGUGGUAUGGGCCUCAAAAAUAUCAGUAAAGAACUAUUCCAAUACGGCUUCCUCACAAUUCUCUAUAUAAAUCAUAACAACUUGACAUACAUUUCUCCGGAAAUAUCCAAGUUAAGACAUCUUGCCUUACUAGAUAUCUCUGGUAAUAAAUUAUCAUCUAUACCACCUGAGUUAGGUAUGCUGACGAAUUUAAGAGAUCUUUUGAUGUUUGACAACAUGAUCGUAACUUUACCUUUUGAGUUGGGCACACUUUAUCAAUUGGAGACACUCGGGUUGGAAGGAAACCCGAUAAAUGAGGCAAUCAAAUCCAUAUUACAAAAGGAAGGUACGGCAUCUGUUGUAUCAUUUUUACGAGAGAAUUGUCAAGUACCGCCACCUCCAAUGGAAAGGGACUGGAUAACGUUAGAGAGUGAACCCGCUGGUGGAGAUCGUGGUAUGUCCCCAGUAACAGGACAUUGGUUGUCCACCAUG